AUGGCAAGGUGUGUGCUGUGGCUGCCCUACUGGGCGAAGGCCCGAGGUCAGGUGUCCCCUGUAUCCGUGUUCCAGGCCCUGGAGAGCAUCAGUCAGGAUGGGCAGGAUCUGGAAUCCCUCGACACCUACAUCCAGAACACACUCUCUGACCUCUACCCACCGUUUGAGGCCACGGCGGCCACGGUGCUCUGGCAGGUGUUCAGCGUGGCUGAGAGGCUCCACGGAGGCGAUGGGCUGCGCUGCCUCACUGACUUCCUCAUCCCUGCCACGAGGGCCCUGCAGCACCUGCAGCAGGAAGCCUGUGCCAGGUACACAGGCCUCAUCUUCUUCCACGAAGGCUGGCCACUGUGCAUCCACGGGAAGGUGGUGGUGCAGCUGGCAUCCCUGCGCGGAGUCAGGCUCAGGCCUGGGGACUUCUACCUGCAGGUCACACCCGUGGGGAAGCAGUCAGCCAGACUGGUCUUAAAAUGCCUCUCCCGGCUGGGACGAGGCUCAGAGGAAGUUGCUGUGCCUGAGGCCAUGUAUGGCUGUGUCUUCACAGGAGAGUUCCUGGACCGGGUGAACAGGGAACGCAACAGCGUCCUCUUGAAAAACUGCUUGCUGACCUCAGGCUCUGCUGUCUACCGCACCCCAUGGAGCAACGUCACAGUCCCUGUGUUUGUACCCAUCAGCGGAAGAGUCCUGCCCCACUGCCCCAGCCGUCCCGGGCCUGAGCGGCCACCCAGCAGUGCCGCCGAGGCCCCGGCCCCAGCGCCAGCCAUGGCCAGCAACACUCCGCCCCUGCCUCACGGCGGGGGGCACGCGGACAGUGACCAGCCCAGCCACCUUCCUUCCCUGAGAAGAGCUGACUGCGAAAGCCCCAGGACCCUGCCCGGGAGCUCUGAUGUCGGCCCGUGGGAGCCCCGUGCAAGCCCUGAAGGACCAGGAGGGAGACUGGACCCCGUGGACAAGCAGGAUGGCCCCCAGGCUCUCACCUCCCCCGAGGAUGCAGGCAGCCUGAGCUCCAGCAGGAGGCCGCCUGGGGCCCCUGCCGCCGUGGAGGCCAGACGCUGGUUCAGGAAUUCCUACAUGGAGGCCCUUCAGAACCCCAUGCCCCUGGGCUCCAGCUCCGAGGAGUCCCUCGUGGAUGAUGCCUGUGGCACCCGGAGCAAGAGGGCCGGGCCAGCGUCCAGCCAGCCCCAGAAAGAAACCCCCAGCCCCCAGGGAGAACGCCAGGGGAUCCGGAGACGACAGAGCUGUCCGAGAGCCGCUGGGAAGACCCUUCCCAGGAGGUCUCAGUCCUGGGACCGAUCCCUCAAGAGCUUCCGAGGUGAUGCCCCCCAUUCGGCCAGCACCGGACCCGGAGGUCACCUAGGAGGACAAGCUGUGGGGACCAGAGACUUGGGCUCCAGCCACCCCUCUGGCUGCACCAAAGAGGAAGGUGACUGCAGCCUCCGAGGACACGACCCCCGCAGGUCUCCUGACCUGCUUGCUGAGCUGCUGCGUUCCGAGGGUGAGGGACAGCCCCCCAGCACGGGAGACCUGCCCAGCCAGGUGCCCAGGCAGGUGCUGGAGAUCAGCCCGGAGCUGCUGCAGUCUGGGGCCGUCACCCUCCCAGGGACCCGAGACCGCCAGGGGAGAGCGGUAGUGCAGGUCUGCACAAGAGGCCCACUCUGGUCCAGCCAACACAUGUCCAGUGCCGAGCUGACCCGCCUGCUGAAGUACCUCCAUGGCAUCCCCAGGAAGGAGGUGCGGGACCUGGGGCUGGUCAUCCUGGUGGACACACGCAGGAGUCCGGCCGUCCCUGCCCUCUCCCAGGCCCUGGCAGCUCUGCAGAACAUAUCUCCACCCAUAAUUCAUAGUAUUUUGCUGUUGGUGGAUAAAGAUUCAGCAUUCAGGCCUGACAAGGAUGCAGCAAUUCAGUGUGAGGUGGUGGGCUCCCUGAAGGCCCUGCACAAGUUUGUCGACAGCUCCCAGCUGACUGCAGACCUCGAGGGCUCCUUUCCCUACAGCCACAGCGACUGGAUCUGCUUCCGCCGGAAACUGGAGCCCUUUGUCACCAACUGCCAGGACGCCAUUGCUUUCUUACAAAAUGUAGUCAGCUCCCUGAACACCCACAGGACUCUAAGCACGGCUCAGGAGGUCACAGAGUUAAUCAGUGAGCACAAGGCCAUAAUGAAACAAGUCCUGGAAGACGCACUGCUGGUCACCCUCCGCCUGGAAGGUGGUACUGUGCUGGCUCGGCUAAGGAGGAAAGAGCAAGGAGCCAGUGAAGACAGCCGAGACAGCAUGGAGGCUGCCUCCCGACUGUACAACCAAGUGGACGAAGAGGUGCACAGGCUGGUCCUCACCUCCAACAGGUGUCUCCAGGAGCUGGAGAGUCUGCGGGAACUGAGGGAACUCCAGGAGGAACGUGAUCAGCAGUGCUGUCAGGAAGGACAACAGCUGAAGGAAAACAACUCGAGGGGCACAGAGGACACAGUGCAGGACGCGGGUGGUGCGGGUUAUCUGAGCGCCACAGCCGGCCAGGAGCGGACGGAGGGAGAGCUGGCCCAGACAUUUAGUGAGUGCUGUCCCCUGCUGGUCUGGGUGAACAGGAGGAUGCUGCACAGCAGUGAGUGCCUGCAGCCCCUGGGCCCAGAGCUGGUGGCCGAGUAUCUGAAGAGCUGUCCCCAUGAUGCCAUGGGGGUGUCUGCGAGCAUGGCGGUGCUGGGCCUGGGCGGCCAGCAGGCGCUGAAGCAGUGGCAUGCCUUGUGGCUACAGUGCCAGGAGAUGCACCUGUGCUCCCAAGAAGCCCUUUUUGAGGCCGCCUCAGGCCCCGGUGCCCCACCUCCAGACCAGGGGCCCUUGAAGCCUGAGCUCAUUCAAGGGGCAGAGGUGAGGCUCCGCGAGCCAUCCUGGACCCCCCUCACUGCCCCUCAGGGCUGCGCUGGGGAGCGGGCACAACUGCUGUCCAGCCUCCCUGGACAAGUCACUUUCUGCGGGCAGGAUGGCGAGCACCUGGACUCGGGUGUACAUACCCCAGACGACAGUUCCACCGGCUCCUCUGAGCCCAUCCAGAUCCCCAUCGUCCACCACAGGAAACAUCCCCUGAAGAAAAUGAUGAAGAAAACACUCACCUCGGAGGUUCCACAGCUUGACAGUAGCCCCAGGGAUUCCCACUGGCCAGCCCACACUGGGGUCUUCGCCAAAGGCCUGGAGGUGGCCUCAGAGAAGAAGUCCCCACUGAGGCCACACGCCAAAAGCCCCCUGGUCACUCGGCACCGGAGCCUGUCCUCUCCCUCCAGGAUCCACGCCUCCGAGGAGGACAGGAGGAGGCCCGCAGGAAGCAGCCGCCUGCAGCACAUAAUGGCCGAGAUGAUCUCCACGGAGAGGGAGUAUGUUAGGUCCUUAGGAUAUGUCGUCGACAACUAUUUUCCAGAGAUGGAAAGAGUGGACCUGCCGCAGGACCUGCGAGGGAAGCGCAGCAUCAUUUUUGGGAACUUGGAGAAGCUCUACAGCUUCCACCAACGGCACUUCCUCACGGAGCUGGAGCGCUGCCGGCACUGCCCCUUGGCCGCGGGCCGCGGGUUUCUGAGACACGAAGAACAGUUUGGCAUGUACGCGCUCUACAGCAAGAACAAGCCCCAGUCGGAUGCCCUGCUCUGCAGCCACGGUCUCACCUUCUUCAAGGACAAGCAGCAGGCGCUGGGCGACAAGAUGGACCUGGCCUCCUACCUGCUGAAGCCUGUGCAGCGCAUGGGCAAGUACGCCCUGCUGCUGCAGGACCUGGUCAAGGAAGCCGGGCGCUGCCCCGCCCACGAGCAGGAGCUGGCGGAGCUGAAGGCCGCGGAGGACAUGGUCCGCUUCCAGCUGCGCCACGGCAACGACCUGCUGGCCCUGGAUGCUGUUCGCCGCUGCCACGUGAAUCUGAAGGAGCAGGGGCAACUGAGAUGCCGGGAUGAGUUCAUCGUUUACUGUGGAAGAAAGAAGUACCUGAGGCAUGUCUUCCUUUUCGAAGAUCUCAUCUUGUUCAGCAAGACCAGGAAGGUGGACGGAAGCUACGACAUCUACACAUACAAGCAGUCCUUCAAGAUGGCUGAAAUCGGCUUGACGGAGACCGUUGGGGACAGUGGUGUGAAAUUUGAGAUCUGGUUCCGCAGGCGGCGGAAAUCCCAGGACUCCUACAUUCUCCAGGCGAGCUCUCCAGAGGUCAAGACCAUGUGGACCGAUGUGAUAGGGAAGAUCCUGUGGCGGCAGGUUCUGAGGAACAGAGAACUCAGAAUGCAAGAAAUAGUGUCUGUGGGGCUGGACAGCACACCGUUCCUGGACAUCAAGCCCAGCGACGCAGCCCUAAGUGACCAAGCCGCCGAGUACAACAUGAAUGGAACAGAGUCAAGAGCCCACGCAUCCACAGCUGUGCCUGCCCGUAACCACCCCACACCCUUCAAGAGACCGCACUCCACCAUCUCAGACAGCAGCACCUCCUCCUCCAGCAGCCAGUCCUCUGCCGCCCUGCACGGGUCCACCAGCCAAGCCCACUGGCCCUGGCCGCACGACGUCCACGCCUGCAUCGAGGAGGACGAGCCGGAGCAGGAGACGGGGAGCCAGCCUGCGCUACGUGCCAAGAGCUCGGAGUCUUCCCAGUGCAUGUCAGGGGACUGCAGCCCUGGCCAACCCCGGCUGUCACAGCCCCUGUUCUCCGAUAAGGGCCCCCAGAGCACAUCUCCCCCCCUUCCACCAAGGGACCGGCAGCCACAGCUUGACGGAGCCCAGUUCACCACGACCCUGUGA